ACUUGACAGCCCAGCGCACUUUACAACAGCCAGCUGAUAUCCACCACUUAGCCGCACUGGUUACCGCUUUUUGCCUCGUUUCUCUCCUUCCUAGCCGUCCUAUUUUCACGUCCUUUCUUCUGGAAGAUGACUUGUUAGGGGAUACCGGGCGACGGCAGCAUGGAGGCCGCAGUUAAACGCUUUCCCAGCUCGUUGUCCGUGUAGUUACCGGGCUAGCUAGCUAGGUCAAGUUGAUAGGAGUACAUUAUCACCGACGCUAGCUAGCUACGGAGGGUAGCCGAUAUUUACAACGCUGGCACCGGGAGAACCUCGCCGUUAGCCAUGGGGAUACUAUUCACGAAGCUGUGGAGGCUUUUCAAUCACCAAGAGCACAAAGUCAUCAUUGUCGGCCUGGACAACGCAGGCAAGACUACAAUCCUUUACCAGUUCUCAAUGAAUGAGGUGGUGCACACUUCUCCCACAAUUGGGAGCAAUGUGGAGGAAAUCGUUGUCAACAACACCCAUUUUCUGAUGUGGGACAUCGGAGGCCAGGAAUCCCUGCGGUCGUCUUGGAAUACGUACUACACCAACACAGAGUUUGUCAUCGUGGUGGUCGACAGCACAGACCGAGAGCGCAUCUCUGUGACCAAAGAAGAACUCUACAGAAUGCUAGCACACGAAGACCUCCGAAAAGCAGGACUGUUGAUAUUUGCCAACAAGCAAGACGUGAAAGGCUGCAUGACUGUGGCUGAAAUCUCCCAGAGCCUCCAGCUUACCUCCGUCAAAGACCACCAGUGGCACAUCCAGGCGUGUUGCGCCCUCACUGGGGAGGGGUUGUGUCAAGGUCUGGAGUGGAUGAUGUCCCGGCUCCGCGUGAGAUGAUGACCCUCGUGGCUUUGCGUGGGAGUUUGCCUGUUCUGUUGUUUCUUCUCUGCCUCCAGACAAAAAAAGGGGGGGUGGGAUGAGUCUGGUUUCCUGGACGGCCUUCUCCUCCACUCCAUUCCCUCUCCAAGCUGACACGGACAGACUGUUGGCAGGAUCCUGUGUUUUCCUGUGAUAAUUUAUUUGACUAAAAGACAUGUAACGCAUCCGAAGAGAAGAGACUUUUUUCAGCGGGACGGAGGACACGGAAUAUGUGAAGAGAGAUUUCUGCACGGCUUUCGUUUUUCAGUAAAAAAAAAAAAAACAGACGAGUCGGCGAAGCGUCCGGCUCGGACCUGUACAUGGACGUAUUCCUCAGCCGUGCGAGUCGAGCCCACGGUGGCCUUGCAGUAUUUCCAUACUGGCAGUGGUGGUUUUCAUCGCCCCCCCUCCCUCUCCCCCUCCCCUCUGUGUGCAAUCCAGUAUUCUCCUAUAACUAGGUGCCUGCAUCAAAAUGCUUAAAGGGGUGACGGUCAACGGCCGGCCGAAACACGUUUGACUGAGGGUGGAACGUUACAAUAUGCCCUCUUCCCUUCAGUCUCUAUGAAAAUUCACUAAAAUAAAGUCUUUUUAUCUGUUUGGGUGAA